GUCAACCUUAAACUGGCGGGCUUGGGUGAACAUGUCUACCAAUAGGAAAUGAAUAUCGUUUUCGUUACAAAAAUACAAAUAAAAUAAAAACACAAAACGGAAGUUUAAUAACUAUAUCCGUUGGAUGGAUAUCGGAGUUUCACUUUCGGUCGAUAACCUAUAUUAAGAGGGAGUUGUAAUUAAAUGAAGUUAAGAAAUUAGUUCAACAAGAAUAACUUAAGUUCUUGAAACUUUUCUAAAUAUCCGCAAUUAGUUUUUUGAAGCAAUGACAUUAGAAGUUUUGAAACCGGGAGUUCCGUAUUUGGGAUGCAUUCCAAAAGGUCUUCAAGAUGGAACAAUUGUAGAAAUCAAAGGAACAGUACCAUAUAAUCGUGAGAGGUUUGAAAUAAACUUCCUUGCCGGAAUGGAUACUUCAAACGCUGAUAGACCAUUACAUAUAAGUGUGAGAUUUGACGAAAAUGUAGCUGUUCGUAACACUUUAGUGCGAAGUAGUUGGCAGACAGAAGAGCGUGAAGGAAAAUUUCCUUUUUGUCAAGGGCAAAGUUUCCUUAUGCUGAUUAUCGUGAAGUCACAUUGCUAUACGAUAAAUGUAAAUAAUCAACAUUGUUGGGAUUUCGUCCACAGGAUUCCUUAUUACACAGUAACUGCUCUCCACAUCAAGGGAUCUGUUUCAAUCGAACAAAUUCGUUCCGUUGGCAAUUGUGGAUCCUCUUCACUAACUUGUGAAACUGCCUUUUUUAAUCAUUUCUAUCCGGCAUAUCCAGAACCUGUUUGCCCAGACCUUAGUACUAAUUUUCCAGCUGUAUAUAAUCCGAGUAUACCUUAUGCUUAUCCUUUGUGUGGAGGCCUAAGACCAGGCAUGAUGAUAUACAUUAGUGGUAAACCUACUACGAACCCUAACAAAUUCACAAUCAAUCUUCAGGCCGGUACUUCACCAUAUGCUCCUCCCGAUGUUGCUUUUCACUUCGAUGUCCGUUUCUUCAAUCAAUCAAUUGUAAGAAACACUCGCACCAACAACGCAUGGCAUGACGAAGAAACGCUCUCAGCAUCCUUCCCUUUCAACAGUAUCUGUCAUUUCGAUAUGAUAAUACGUGUCACUGAGAAUAAGUACAUGGUUGCAGUUAAUGGGCAGCACUUCAUCGAGUUCAGGCAUCGCUUGUGGCCACUUUCUCGUUUUGACACUCUAUACAUUGCAAACGAUAUUUCCGUACAAUCCAUUCGAUUUGCAUGAAUGUUAUUUUUUUGUUUUCAUAUGAAGUGUUUUGUAUUGUUUAAGCUUUGUAAAAUUCAUUAUAAAAAUG